GAUGCGCGCAUGCGCAACGCUACAGACUUCGACUAAAUAGAGGUCUUUGUUGAGACUAAUACACAAAUCUUGCUCAAGCUUUUCAGAUACCUCAGGGAAAUAUACUUCAAUGAAUAAGCAGUGUUGAAUUCAGUCGAGACCCUGCAUGACUAAUGCAAGCGCCACCGUAGCAUGCGAGGACAUACGCAGAGCUGACAACAUCGGAUAUACACAAACAAACCCAGUAUUCUCGUCUUAAGGGGGUAUUGUUUUUUUGUUUGUUUGUUUUUUUAACGUAGGUUGGUUUUAUUUUGAAAUCGCGACAAGUGGUUGAUCGACAUGGGGAAAUAACAUAAUUAAAAGAAGAAUCAUGAAAAAACAGUGGGAUUUUUUCUGUGGAAAGGCUGCCCAUGGCACGCAGAAGUGGGGUUCAACUUUCCAGCUGCCUCGUCCAAACAGAGGAGAAAGGGGAACCAGAGAGAGGAUAUCUAUGGGCCAGCUCUAUCCUUCAUAUUUCAGAUAAAUAGUCAACAUUUGAGAACGUGAAAGAGGAUGGAAACUGUUGGGAAAUUCGAGUUCAGUAGAAAGGAUCUUGUAGGACACGGUGCCUUCGCAGUGGUGUUCAAAGGCAGGAAUCGAGAGAAGCACGAUUGGGAGGUUGCAGUCAAAUGCAUAAACAAGAAGAAUUUGGCCAAAUCCCAGACCCUUCUCGGGAAAGAGAUCAAGAUACUGAAGGAACUCAAACAUGAGAACAUCGUUGCAUUACAUGACUUCCAGGAAACGGCAAGCUCUGUGUACCUAGUGAUGGAGUACUGCAAUGGAGGAGACCUGGCUGACUACUUGCACUCUAAGGGCACUUUAAGUGAAGACACCAUCCGAGUAUUCCUGCAGCAGAUAGCAGGGGCUAUGAGGGUCCUUCAGGCCAAAGGCAUCAUCCACAGAGACCUGAAACCCCAGAACAUCCUGCUGUCCCACCCCACAGGUCGCAAGUCCCACUCCAGCAACGCCUGCAUUAAGAUAGCUGACUUUGGCUUUGCACGGCACCUCCAGAACAACAUGAUGGCCGCCACGCUCUGUGGGUCCCCCAUGUACAUGGCACCUGAGGUGAUUAUGUCACAGAACUAUGAUGCUAAGGCUGACCUGUGGAGUAUAGGAACCAUUGUGUUUCAGUGCCUGACUGGAAAGGCUCCGUUUCAGGCCAGCAGUCCCCAGGACCUCCGCUUGUUUUAUGAGAAACAUAAAACUCUCAGCCCGAACAUUCCUAGAGAAACUUCCAACCAUCUCAGACACCUGCUGCUCGGCCUCCUGCAGAGGAACCAUAAGGACCGUAUGGACUUCGAUGAAUUUUUCAGACACCCCUUCUUGGAAGCGAGCUCCUCUAUGAAGAAGUCUGCUCCAGUGGCCAUGACAUGCCUUCCCAGCUCAGCCUCUGCCAGCUCAUGCAGUAGCUCAUCCACUUCACACCUGGCCUCUCCGCCUCAAUCCCUUGCGGAGAUCCAGCAGGUCCGUGCAAAGGCGUUGGCCUCCCCUACACAGGACUCUCCAGGUUUCCUACUGAAGGACUCAGGUGGUGGCGGAAGCAGUAGCAAAAAUUCGUCCUGUGACAUUGAUGAUUUUGUCAUGGUUCCUGCUCAUUUCCCCAGUGAGCUUACCUGUGAAAUGCCAACAGGAAAGGUUCUCCAGGACAGUCUGAUGUAUAGUGGGAGUUCCCUUCUGGUGUCUGGAGGUCAAUGCAGUCAAGGCAAGACUCCACCACGCUCUCCCUCCUACAGCAGCUCUCCUGGACCCAGCGGCAGGCCAAGUGAGUUCUCUGGGAGUAACUAUAGCUACUAUGGGCAGUCUGUACCCAUUCCAGUCCCCACACAGAUUCACAACUACCAGCGCAUGGAGCAGAACCUCCAAUUCCCGGGUCAAGAGUGCUCUCCACGGUCUGGCACAGUCCAGAGGUGCGGUAGUGGGAGUUCUUUGUCCUGUGGACGAACAGGGCCUUCCCCCCCUCAGCUAGGUCUCACUCCCCGCAGACUGUCUACGGGGGGUGCCAAACCCUUCCAGCUCUCUCCACAGGUUGAUACCAUUCCUGAGUUACCAGGACAAAUGUGCACAGCAGGUGCAGAAAUGGUUCACAGGGGCUCUCGGGGUGGAGAAACCAAGGCUCGGACCCAACAGCAGCAGGGCCUGGGGACACGGCUCAACAGCGCCCCUUGUUUGCUGGAGGCGACUGGGGGGUGUAGGCAGAAGAUCAGAAAGCAGCAUUCAGACCCGGUGGUAGUCCCUCAGGGAAACACAAUGCCCUUUAGGACCCUGCACUCCUCUCCCAGGCUCAGUGAACUUAUGCAACGAAGCCCUCUGCCAACCAUCCUGGGUUCUCCUUCCAGAGCCAUGCCCCCAUUCGAGUUUCCGAAGCCCCCCAGUUCCCCAAACAUGGUCACUUUUCUUGCCCAGCAGGGUCUCAGGCCAGCUCAGGGAGAGCCCAGUCUGUCACCUGCCUACCAGCCUGAGGAGAAAAGAGUCUUUGGAAGGUCUCAGAGCACCGGCCGCCUGUCUGAGGUGCUGCUUAUGGCAGCAUUUGGAGGACAGAGAGGAGAAAGAGGCAGCAUGGAGAACCUUAACUCUGACAGAGCCAUAGACAUCACAGCGCCCCCUGGUGGUGGAGCUUUUGUGGUGGGCUCAGGUAGCCCAGCUCGAGUGGUGUUUACUGUGGGUUCUCCACCCAGUGGAGGGACACCUCCACAGAGUUCUCGCUCAAGGAAGUUCUCAGUAGGCUCUUCAAGUUCCAUUAGUCCAGUGGGAUCCCUCACGAACCGCUACCCACAAUGCAUUGAUGGCUACGAGGGAUCCUCCAGUCCCCGCUAUGGUUUUUUUGACCCCAUCUCAGCCAAUCUGGGAGGAGCUGUGACUUUUGAAGCCCCUGAACUACCAGAGGAAACCCUAAUGGAGCAGGAACACACAGACAUUUUGUGCAGGCUACGCUUCAUGCUGGAAUUUGCUCGUUGUAUGGUGGAGGUGGCUGGUGCUCGGGGUGGAGAGACUGCCCAGGCAGAACAGUCCUCCACCAGCUUAUUCCAGCAGCAGAGCUUGGUCGCUGACCAGAUCAGCUCUCUGAGCCGAGAGUGGAGUUAUGCAGAGCAGUUGGUGCUUUACAUGAAGACGGCAGAGCUUCUGUCAUCUUCACUACACACAGCCAUGGAAGGAAUCAAACAUGGAAAGCUCUAUCCCUCUGCUACUGUCAAACAAGUGGUCAGGAGGCUGAAUGACCUGUAUAAGUCCAGUGUGAUGUCCUGUCGUUCUCUGAAUGCUCAGCUGGAGCGAUUCUUCUCUCGUAAACACAGACUCAUGGACCACAUCAACAGCAUCACAGCUGAGAGGCUUCUUUUCAGCCACACUGUACAGAUGGUUCAGACUGCUGCUCUGGAUGAGAUGUUUCAUCAGGGGUCAGCAUCAGUUCAGCGCUACCAUAAGGCUUUGCUGCUCAUGGAGGGUCUCUCGCUCCUCCUUACAGAACAGGCUGAUAUCCUCAGCAUUGGAAAGUGUAAACAAUGCAUUGAACGCCGUCUCACCGCCUUGCAAUCAGGCCUCUGUGUGUAAAGUCUCUCCACCACGCUGCUGUUAAAUGUCCAAGACUACAGCUGUUUUUUCUUCCUCUAUCUCCAUAUUUCUCUUUUUUAAGACCAAGUUAAUAUUUCUGACACCUGAUAUCAUAAUGCUGAGGAGUGACGGUGGAGAGAUGUUAAAAGUUGGCAGUGUGCACAUGGCGCCCCUUCAUAUAAUCACAGACACAGAUGUACAGAUUGUUCCCUUUGUUUACAAUCAAGAGGAUAUAGGUUUUUCUGUCACUGAGCGAUCACGUCUCCACAGCUUGUUAAUCCACCAUGUCCAAGUGUACAUACCAGUUACCAGUCAAGUGUGUACUACAAGAUGACACUUUGCCAUGUUUCCCAUGCUUUGUAAUCCACACUUGUGUUUGCCUGGGUUGUGCAAUUUGAGUUAACUGACAAAGUUUAUUUACCCCAAUAUCAUUAGUUUAUUUUGUCCUUAGUUUGUAUUUAAUUAUCUGCCCAUUCACUACACAUUAACUUCCAGAGAGAAGUUAACAAAUGCUUUUAAGAUAACUAUUAGGGAAUUAUUAUUACGUUUGGCACAUGAGGGUGGGGGUUGUUUUGUUUUUUGUUGUUUUGUUCCAUUUUGCUUUGUGUGUGUUGUUUUUGUUUGAAGACACAUUGUUUGGUUUGUUUAAUUCCAAGUGUCCAGUCAGAUGAAGAUUUAAUCACUGGAUGAAUGUUUUCAGACCAGCAAAUGGCAAUUUUGUGCACCAUGUGAAUGUUUUAAGAGUUACCAAGGCCCAAAUUCUCCUAUUCCUCACUGGGAAAUUAACAAUAUCUUUAUAUUAAAUCAGUGGUCAUAAUUAGAAAUGUGGUGAUCAAGUUACAGGCUUUUCAUGAAACAAAUUGUUUGACCAAUUACAUAAAAGACAUUCUCAUUGUUUCACAUAAGGAAACUGUACAAAGCCAGCAAAAUCAUUUGUAGCACUUUAGUGAAUGUUUAACAAGAGCAUGGUAAAUUCCAUUUCCUUCAUAGAAUGUGUAAGUAAUUCAUAUUUGUGUGCGGUGUUUGGAUAUCUCAGUAAUACUUUACAUGAAGGUUCCAUUUGUUAUAAUUUGUUAACAACAUUAGUUAACGUGAACUAACAAUGAAUAAUACUUUAACAGCAUUUAUUAAUCUUGGUUAAUGUUAAUUUCAACAUAUAGUAAUACAUUGUCAAAAUCAAAAGUUAUCCAUGUUAACAUUAGUUAAUGCACUGUGAACUAAAGUGAACACAAUAAACAAUUGUAAUUUUAUUAACUAACCUUAACAAAGAAAGUAAAUGCUGUAAUAAAUAUAUUGUUCAUUGUUAGUUCAUGAUGCCUAAUGCAUUAACUAAUGUUAACGAAUGGAACCUUAUUGUGUUACUGAUAUCUCUUAUGAUCUUAUCGUUUUUUCCUUCUUUUAAAAAAAAAAAAAAAAAAACCUAUUACUCUGUUUUUAUUAUGUGUUUGGCAAUCAUUUGUCUGAAUGUAGCUUUAGUUUUAAAGUCCAUGUGUUGGAUCAUAUUCAGAACCUAAACUGAUUGAGAGGCUACCACAGAUAAAGAGGUAAAACCAAAGAGUCCUAAACUUGUGCACAAUCACAGGAAUUUUAUUCAUAUAUAGCUGUUACUCAUACUCCGUUCUGUAUUAUAUAUUUACGGAAAGCUUCUGUGCGUUUUCUAGUUUAGAUAUUGGUGGUAUUAACGUUGGCUGGAUAUUUUUGCCAGCUCAAUUUCAGGUUAAAUUUAUUGUUUGCAUCAAAGCAGGGCAGAAUUUUGAAGGAACUCUUGAAUUUACCUCUUAUUAGAGUCAUGUGUGCCAUGGCGAUCAGUUCUGGUCCUGAUUUCCACCUAGAUUAAAUUGGGACUUUAAAUACCCAAUUUAGUGUUUGUUCUGAGGACAGAAUGUACUUCCUCUGGGUUGUGCAUGCAUAGAACUGUGUUGUCUUUGUUGUUGGGGUGGGCUGUGUAUAAUCUGAAGCAGGUAUUUCAAGGACAGGUCUUAAGAUGGUACUCUAUUCGAGUUUGCUGCACUGUUUGAGGGCUCACUUGUAAUAUAAGCAGAAGACAUUCAAAAUGGAACAUUAGGGUGAAUGUCACAUUUCACCCAAAAUUCAGAAAAAAUACAUACGAAUUUAUAUUUUCCAUUAUGAAACUUAAGCCUUUUUUUUUUGUUUUGUUUUUUUUGUCUUCAGUCUUAAUGGUCUUAGAAAUAGUCUUCAAUUUCUUAAAGCAAAAUAUAAUUUUGUAUUUCUUUAUUUUGAUUUUAGGGUGAUGUAUAACCUGGACAUGUGCUUGAAAGGUUUUGUGAGAUUUACCAAUUUAGUAUAAAUACCACGUUUUCCCACUUUCUUUAUAAAGUUAUAGAUUCACUGCUUUUUAGCCUUUAUUUCAGUUGUGUUGUGUAUAAAAAUGUUUGUUUGUUAUAUUUUGAAGUUAUUUAAAACAUUUUUAAAAUGUGCCUUUUUGAAGUAAAAACAAAAACUGAAACACUGAAAAAUAUAUUGCUCUAUUGUAUUAUUUUAUUUGUAAGUGUGAUUAGUUAGUCUGGAGUACAUUGUUGCUUUUUGUUGUUUUUGAUUGGUUGAAUUUGACCAGGCUGAGAUGCAGCGGAAUGGACAUUGGAUUUAGUUUUAUUUUAGCUUGUGUGUGUGUGUGAAUGUACUUGUGCGUGAUAAAAUGUAUCAUGUGUGUAUACAGAUUUUUUUGAAUAAAGUGAAUUGCAGUAA